GAAACUGUGGUAAGAAAGAACGUCCUCAUCUUUCAUCUCUUCUGAUACACAGAUGGAGAAGGUCUCUGAAUCCGCCAUUGAAGACCCCAAUUGCUAGAAAAAUGUGGUAAGAAAGAACAUCCUCAUCUUUCAUCUCUUCUGAUACACAAAUGGAGAAGGUCUCUGAAUCCGCCAUUGAAGAUCAAUUGCUAGAAAAAUGUGCAACCGGAAAUCGUUGACCUGGCAGACACGACGCCAUCAGACACGAUUUUACCGGAAAUUCCACAGGCGGAGGCUUCCGGUGCGUCGGGGUUCGCACUGUCAUCAUACGAAUCUCGAGGUACGUCGGGGUUCGCAGCCAGGUCGCUGAAGACAUCGCCGAAUUUGAUGGCUUCCUGUUGCUGCUCGUCGUCGUUCCGUCGAGCUGGCUUCUCCUAAUUUAUCCAACGCAGAAUCAAAAGGUAGGGAGGUUUCUUUCUGCAACGGCGUGUGGAUAGGUCUGUUGAAGAAGUGCCUAAUUUGGUUCAAACCAUCGAUUUGGAAGGUAAUUUCGUACCUAAAGAUAUCUCUCCAAUGAGGUCAACAGUUUCCGGUCACCGGGAUACGAACGGCGACGUUUACAGAGCUAAAUUGGUACCAUUUGCAGAGCAGAAGGAUAUUUGAGGAUGGGUGUUAAGUCCUAGAGGUGUGUGCUAAUGAUAACAGACUGGCAUCCUCAGAUUCCACGACGCAAAUCAGCUGGCCGUUUUCGUCGGAUUCUUGUUCCAACGGACGGUCCAGAUCUCUUCCCCUAUUAAGUUUCAGCUACUCCAUUUAAUCGUAUCUAUUAUCUGCUGCUAAAUCCACACCAAGAUGGUCGCUCAUGGAUUCACCGUCGAUUUGAAUAAGCCGCUCGUAUUCCAGGUAGGCCAUCUUGGGGAAGAUUAUCAGGAAUGGGUUCAUCAGCCCAUCGUCAGCAAAGAAGGGCCUCGAUUUUUCAAGAGCGAUUUCUGGGAGUUCUUGACUCGCACGGCGUGGUGGGCGAUUCCUACCAUUUGGCUACCGGUCGUUUGCUGGUUCAUAUCAAUGUCUUACAGGAUGGGCCAUACUCCUUCAGAAUUAUCUUUGAUGGUGGUAUUUGGAAUUUUUGUAUGGACAUUACUCGAAUACACUCUUCAUCGGUUUCUUUUCCAUAUCAAGACCUCGAGCUAUUGGGGAAACACCAUACACUAUCUUCUUCAUGGUUGCCACCACAAACACCCUAUGGAUAGCUUACGACUCGUUUUCCCUCCUGCUGCAACGGCUAUUCUUCUCUUUCCAUUCUGGAAUUUGAUCAAGCUUUUUGCUACCCCAUCUACCACACCUGCUUUGGUUGGAGGUGGGUUGCUGGGCUAUGUGAUGUAUGAUGUUACCCAUCACUACCUUCAUCACGGGCAGCCAUCUGGACAAAUGGCACGAAACCUUAAGAAAUACCACUUGAGCCAUCACUUCAGGAUCCAAACUCUAGGCUUUGGAAUUACUUCAUCACUAUGGGACAGAGUGUUUGGAACAUUUCCUCCACCUUCAAAAGUAGCUGAGAAAACAAGAUGAUCCACUUCUGCAGGUCUUAGUUUAUCAGUAAAUAUAGCUUAUGACUGCAACUUACUCUUAACUCUUUCUCAAAAUUAUUCUUUGUUCUUGUGCCUAUUUACUGCUUAACUCUCUGUUCAUGUCGUGUGGCGUUGUCGUCGGGAUGGUGCGAAACUGCCGAGUCUCAUCUUUCCAGUGCCUUGGAUUGUAUUCUAUCCUGCCAUGAUAGCUCUGUGUAACAUGGAUCAAUAUGUUCUAAUAUAUAGUAUAGUUUUCCUAUGGUAA